GCAACAAAGUCAAGCCAAACCGUGAUCGACUGUUAUCCAUUCGUGCACCCUACCUAACAAACUGUUCUUUAUUUGUUCCAGCAGCCAACACCGUGUUGCAUGCCUCUAGGUACUUCAACACCUUCCAUCAACUGAAACGGCGCCAAGAUCUUCUCUGGGCACCAGGCGAGACCGAGCCCAUUGCUGCCCGCAUCUCCACCACCAGUGACUUUUCUUUCCCGUGAUUCACACGCAGUCCCGAGAGACGUCGCCGACGACCCCGCUGCCCACCGACGAGGCACCCAGCGAGGCAGAUGUGGACGGCGACAAAGGCUCGCAAACGUCCUGCGCUCCGAAUAGAUGCCGCUUGCGCGACCGCUCCCGAACAGCCUCGUGGAUGAGAACAUAGCACACAGCCGACGAUUACGGCGCGCCCCAACGAGUCCCUUCGAACAGCCCUUACCAAAGUGACCGGCCAGAUCGCCGCGAGAAAGAGACACAAUGUCGUACUACGGAAAUGGGAACAACUACUAUAAUCCCAACAUCCCACCCUCCCAUACAUAUCAGACGUCCUACAAUCCCGCCGAGCCGACCGCCGACAAUAGUGAGAACACCGCCGACGGAAGAUCCAGCUAUGCAUACACUGGCGCAACGCCCAGGCGCAAUAGCGUAGCAAUGCGCCAGAGUGAUGAGCUGUUCAUGGGAGGGACAACGGCUGGGGCCCCAGGGCAGAGCAGCGGAUAUCAAUACCCACCACAGCCUCAACACCAGCACCAGCAGCAAUAUAAUCCGCAGCAUUACAGUUCGCCUGUCGUAGCGCAACCGAAUCCCCAGGCGUUCGGCGGCGUUAACACAACCUUUCCUCCUUUGACCCACCAGCCCUACAACCCCGCCCUCUACGCAGACAGCACACUCACCAGAACCAGCACCGUCAGUCAUUCGUAUGGCUUCUCCCCAGCGUCGCCCGCAGUAUCCACCUCCUCGUAUCAUUCUCCUACCUUCCAGCAACAUUCUCAGUUCGGCCGGACCGCUUCCGUUCAAAGCGCACGGCCGACUUAUGCACCGCCAGCACCACCACCUUUGCCAGUACCCCCUGGAAGCGCACAAUCGCCGGCGGAGGACUGGGGGACAUAUCCCACAUGGCAACCCUCUGUAGCUUCUCCGACUCACGGGUACCAUCGCUCUUCCGACACUUCGCAUGCCCCGCUACCUUCUCCGCCAACCCAUGAUCCCCGAUACACAUCUCUUGAAGCUAUUAACUCGCAUGUGGCCCCGGCAGAUUACUCCAAUCGUCUUCCGCAAACACCACCCGCGCCUCAAGCUCCUCCGCAUCGGUCACCACAAAGACAGGACACUCUUGGUCAUCGGCCACUCCCUCCUCCUCCCCCACCGAAUGAAUCGGACAGUGACGGCUAUUAUGGAGAUCAGAAUGGGGAUGCUUAUCAGCAGGAAGACCUUUUCAAUCAGGUAGAAGCUCUGGCUUCCGGAGCGACUUCUGGUUAUCAAGCGCCUGUUCAGAUCCAGUACCCGGAUAGUGGCCAAUACUAUGACCAACCAGAACAAUCCUAUCCUGCGCGCAAUGGGGCACCCAUCAAUGGACAACACCUGGCACCAUAUCCCGUGCAGGACGUGUAUCCCACGAGCGACGAGAGCGAUGUGGAGGCAGCGGCCGGUUUGGCUGCUCUUCGUAUGGCCGAGGAACAGGAAGAGGCCGAGGAAGCUCGCAGACGCACUGGCAGCGCCGGACUGUUCAGUACAUAUACGUCUAUGCCAACUCCUCAUGUGCCAACCGCAAAUCAGCCAACAGUGCCGGAGGAGGCGAGUGAUAGCGAUGUUGUACCCUAUGAUGUGGGAUCCAUGGGUGGAAAUGUUCUUCCGCAUAUCACCUAUGGUGGAGAUCCGAAUCAGCUGGCUUCCGGUCCUCCCAACCAUUACGAUUCCCAAAGCCAUACGCUCUCCACGUCUGGCUCACUACGGCGAUCCGAGGCGGCGCACGAUGGUUACGAUCCUACCCACCCGUUCCCGUCCUACUCGACGAAUGCACGUGUGGAUACGUUCGGUACCGGCGGACUGGAGGAACCCAGUGAUCGACGAAGAAGCUACGACGAAGGGGACGAGGUUGGCCUUAUGGAUUAUUCUACAGCAGCUGCAGGCGAACCACCUGACAUGUUUUACCAUCCGGGCAUGUCUACAAGACGCCCACUCCCGCCUCCACCAGCGUCCAGUGAGUCUCGGACGACAUAUAAUCAUCAGAGCACAAGUUCGACCGGGUCCUAUGAGUACUGGCGCAACUCGCGGGCGUCCGAAAGUACGUAUGCCGAGUCCGUCGGGCUGCAAUCACCCACCGGGACGCUUGUCCCUCGGUCAACUUCUCUCCUCCAGCAUAACCACACUCCCCAGGCGAUCCCCUUGCCAAGGUCAAAGACGGACGCCGAACAGAAUCACCGAGCACGGCAAGCAAAUAGAAGUACGUACUAUGGGACGGCCGGCGAGAGCGAUGGUAACACCUUGACGCCGGGAAGUGCAGAGGCUGUCGCCAUUGAUUUGCCCACCCUCCCUGCAGGGAAGCGCUUCAACCCCUCCAAAUUGUCUAGCAGAGACUUCGACAGAUGCACAGAACCAUGGGCGCUCAGCUCGAUAAUAUCUUGGCUGAAAACAAUGACAGAAGGGGAGCAAGACCUGAAAGAGGGUCCAAUCACAGAGGGCUUGAUUGCUCUAUUCACCCAUAAAGUUCCUACAAUGAACAUUGCGGAUGCGGAAACACUCAGUAGCAGGGUGGUGGCGGGCAUGUACAAAGCUGGAGUUCUUGUGCAUGAGGAGGAGUGGCUCAAGUUCUCGACAGAGACCAUGACCGGCGUCAUCUUCCAGCUCACGGGUGCAGGCUGUUAUGCACCCUUUCUGCACGAGACGCCCACGCCAGGACGGUGUUACUCGCACCACUGCCAAAGAACGCUCAAGAAGCUUGAUCUCCAACAGGCCGGCGCCACGCCGCAGUCUGAUGAUUGGGCGACCUUCUACAAGUUGAAGAAGGAAGAUGUUGAAAAGGUGGACAAGAAAGAGGUGGAGCGUCAGAACAUCCUACACGAGAUUGUUCAGGGUGAGGACAACUACAUACAGCGGCUCGAUGUCCUGCGAACUCUCUACCGCGACAGACUCGCAUCUGCCUCGCCGCCCGUCAUCCCUCCGAAGAAACUCAACAAGUUCUUGAAGGAUGUUUUCGGGAAGAUCGAUGCUGUCAGAGCGGCGAAUGCAGAACACUUGCUACCACAGAUGAAAUAUCGGCAGCAUGAGCAAGGGCCAUGGUUGGUCGGAUUCAGUGACAUUUUCCGUGAAUGGAUCAGAAAAGCGAAGGCUGCGUAUAUUGAAUACGCGGCCGCCUUCCCAUACGCGACGUUUCUUGUCAGACAAGAGGCAGACAGGAAUAUUCUUUUCCGGACAUUCUUGGACGAGGCUCGCGCUCACAAGCUGUCUAAUAAGCUAAGUUGGGAUACGUACCUCAAGGGACCGAUUACUCGACUACAGCACUACGGGCUGUUGCUGAGCACUGUGCUGAAGAAAUCUACGGUCGACAACGAGGAGAAGCGGAACUUGCAGAUCGCAAUGGAGGAGAUCAAGGCUGUUACAAUUGAAUGUGACAACCGUGUUGCAGAGAUGUCCCGCAAGGUUGACCUGACUGACCUCCAAGCCAAGCUGAUCCUGCGGCCUGGUAUGCAACGGGUCGAGCUGAACCUCGACCAUCUUGGACGAGAACUUAUCUUCAAGGGCGACCUUCAGAGAAUGGGCGGCAAUCGGUUUACGUGGUUAGAGACUCACGCCCUGCUGUUCGAUCACUAUCUCGUCUUAGCAAAGACGGUGACUUAUCGAGAAGCAGACGGGGUUACGAAGUCGGAGAAAUACGACGUCUCAAGAUUGCCCAUUCCCAUGGACCUCCUCGUCCUCGAAAGUGAAGACGACGAUCCUGUCAUCAAAUCCGCCGUCAAAGGUAUCGCCGCCGUCAGCACAGUUGCAGGCAAAUCCUCCGCAUCCGAAGCACGGCUUGGGCGCGUAACAACCGGCACUCCCGCCCCAGGCAGUCUCCAGCACACAAACACCUCAACGUCGGUAGGCUCCAACAAUACGAGUAAUUCUGGCAAGACGGGAGGUUCCGCAUCUACCAUUGACGCCAGCAAGGACGAGAAGAUCAUGUACCCGUUCCGAAUCAAGCAUCUCGGAAAGGAGACGUAUACGCUCUUCGCGCCCACUGCACAGAACAGAGCCGAGUGGUGCGACAAGAUCAUCAUCGCCAAAACCAGGCAUGCAGCGGCCCUCUUUGCGCAAAACGCAGAGCCCUUCCGAUUACGAGUCAUGGCGGACGCCGCCUUUGCGUAUGAGAGCGCGAUGCCGGCUCAGAAGAGCAUCACCAUCAAGGGAACGCCGCUUGACCGCUCGAUCGAGGAGGUGGAGAAGCUGUUCGCCAACUCUGGCCGACCUGUCCCCAUCUGCAGGGCGCGGGUGAAUUGCGCGACGGCGUUCCAGCAGCCGUAUGGAAAGGCCAUGGUAGCUGUGGGUACCGACAUAGGCGUAUACAUAUCCGAGUACAACAACCCUCGAGGCUGGACCAAGGCCAUACAAAUCCCCAAAGUGACGCAACUCGCCGUCCUCGAGCAAUUCUCCCUCAUGCUCCUCAUCUCGGACAAAUCGCUCAUCGCCUACCACCUCGACGCCGUGUGCCCGGCCAACGGCGGCCCCGCCGGCUCGUCGGACUCGCACCGGCGGGCGCCGCAGAAACUGUCGGGCGCGCGCGACGUGGGCUUCUUCGCGACGGGCGUCAUGAAGGAGCGGACGCUGGUGUUUUACAAGAAGCGCGAGGGGCUCAGCUCGACGUUCAAGGUGCUCGAGCCCGUGUACCAGAAGAGCACGGAGAAGAAGUCGCGGUGGCUGAAAUCGGGGCGGACCGAGUUUUUCCGCGAGUACGACGAGUUCUACAUCCCCGCCGACUGCUACAGCAUCAACCUGUUCCACAGCUCGCUGGCCAUAUCGACGGCCAAGGGGUUCGAGGUCCUCACGCUCGACAAGAAGCAGCCGUGGUCGGUGCCCGAUCUCAAGGCGCCGCACGUGGCGACCAUAGCGAGCCGGUUGGCGGGCCAGGAUCCCCUGGGUAUGUUUCGGCUUAGCGAUCAGGAGUUUUUGCUGUGCUAUGAAGAGUGUGCCGUGUAUGUGAAUAAGCACGGGGAUAUUUCGAGGUCAGUGAUUAUGGAGUUUGUCGGCAAGGCCAAGAGCGCGGCGCUGUACGGGCCGUAUGUGUUGCUGUUUGACCCGGAUUUCGUCGAGAUACGGAAUGCGCAGAAUGGAAGGUUGAGGCAGGUGAUUGCGGGGAGGGAGGUUAAGUGUCUUGAUGAUGGGGGUGGUGGUGCGGGUGCGGGUGGCGCGGGGAUGAAGAGGACGGUCAAGUUGUGUUUGCAGCAUCCUGGCGUGGAGAAGUGUCAGAUUGUGGUCGAGUUGGUGCUGAAUGAGGGGUUGAAGGAGUAGGGCUCCUGGGCUACGUGUGCGAGUUGCUGAGGCAGCUUGAAGGGGAAAGGGGUGGGGAGGGAAGGGAUGGGGUAAGGCAUUCAUUCAUCCAUUGAUUCGGUGGCUCAUGUCGAUGAAUUACGCUGUCUGUUAAUGAUGAGCGAGGGAGGGGAAGCCAGGAGGGUGAAGGGACGCAUGCCCUUCUUUUUCUCUUGUCUAUUUUAUGUCAGCUUUCUUUCUGGAUGGAUGGUGUUGGGGGGUCCCGCUUGCUUGAUUGUUUUCUUCAUUUCUCUUCCUGGCUUUCUUCGUUUACGUGCGUGCCUGGAUCCAAGAUUCCAGAGCCCUCUAUCUACUUCCUCCUCCUUCUACUUCUUCUUGCAUAUACCGAUCCAUCACGCGGUUGUUUCUUUCGAAUCGGUAGUAAUAGAUAGAUGGGCUGUCGAGGGGGGGGGAAUAUGAUAUGGAUGGAUGCGUUUUCCUGCU